AUGCCCACUUCAGUGACCUCUUCAACACUCAGGCACGUCCAAAACGGAGACGAUGUUUUCCAUUUGGACCAACAGAAAUUACCAUUUAGCAAAACAGCUCCAAAAAAGGAUUUCUCUACUUCUUACUGGCAUUACUUUUUGACGGCUGCCACCGAAGGUGCCUUCAAGAAGCUGAAGGUGGAGACGAGUCCGAGCCUCGUGGGGUCGGCCGGCAGCCUCACCCCUCCCACGUCGACCCCGGGCGGCGGGGCGGGGACGGCCACCUGCCCGCCGACCCCCGCCCGGCGGCGCCACCGUACCACAUUCACGCAGGAACAGCUACAGGAGCUGGAAGCCGCCUUCGCCAAGUCACACUACCCGGACAUCUACUGUAGGGAGGAAUUAGCCAGGAUCACCAAGCUCAAUGAAGCACGCAUACAGGUUUGGUUCCAGAACCGGCGUGCCAAAUACCGCAAGCAGGAGAAGCAGCUGCAGAAGGCACUCGCCGCGCCCUCUGUGCUCCCCACUUGCAACGGGGCCAUGAUGCGCAACAUCUAUCCCACUGCGACCGUCGCCUCGAGGGGCUACCAGUACCCGCCACCGAACGCCAUCAACAGCAUGGGCGGCCGAUACCAGCCCAUGGCCUCGAGCUACCCGCCCAUGGCGGCGCAGCCCUUCCCCAUGGGCCACGCGAACCCCAACAUGGCGGCAGCGAUGCGCCAGGACGCAGACGAGGACUGGUACAACAAGAGCUUCCCGGCGCUUCGCAUGAACACCACGCCGCACCCGAACUUGUCCGCCGCACCCAUGCUCCAGUACCAGACGUAA